AUGCCCCUUUCACUUUCUGCCCUAUUGGCCGACCCGACCAUCGACCACACGGGUCCUCCAAUAACAGUCGAAUACGAAAACCUCUGGAGUAAAGACGCCGCGGAUCGUAAGAAAAAGCUGAAAGCACUCUUCGAGGGCGAUGUCGAAUUCAUCCGAAAGGAGCUUGCCCCCGUCGUCGCGGAAUGGGAGUGGGAGCAGGGAAAUACCUACUACCACCCGGAUUGGCCCAUUAGAAGCGAGGAUGCCGGCCUUGAGGGCGCGAAAGUAGUGCCCAUCAAACUCAACCUGGACGAGAGCAAGAUUUUCGCCGGCCUCGACGGCUUCGCGUGCAUGGAGGCACUUAUCAAAAACAAAUUCGUGGCCAAAAUCUCUCGCCCAUUGCCUGAACGUGUGAUCCUGAUGGAUCUCCACCGAUGGAAGAUAGACGGAGUUAACGACCUCUUGAAGAACAAGCUACCCUCACAUUACCUCAUGUGGCAGAGUAAACAUGGGGCCCCAUCAGGCCCUGCCGAGGGCCUGUUCGCGCGGAUCCCCAAGCCCCUCGAGGGCCUGAGCCGCCCAACCUCAUGCGACCACUGCCGGAUCCACGACCCGGAUGCCGUGCGGAUGCCGGUUAACUACUUUGACGACCGGCCGGGCGUCAACACUGUCUGCGAGAAGAGGGCGGUCGACUUGGUCGCCACCCCGUUCAGCCUGUGCAGGUUCCACUGGUGGUACGCCCACUCCGGGCAGCUGCUGCGAAGGAGCCACGUCCACGUGCUGGAGAUGCUCCUUAGCGAAGAGGUUUUCGAGCGGUGGGGGAUCAUGCACAUGAAUGAGUUCCUCAAAUCCGUGGAAAGGUCCAGUGAGGAAUUGUGGGAGCGCGACUAUGUGGACCCCGAGAGAGCAUGGGGUCUAGUCCCUACAGGCUUGGUCGACGACGACCCGAGGAUCGAAAACAGCCCUCGGCCGGUUACGAGGGCUGAGGCUGCGGACCCGCAAGACGCGGAGGGCUCUAGCACGCCCAUGGUCCCCCAGGAAACGGUUGCUAACUCGUAUGAGCAGCCCCUAGGGCUUGGUGAUCAAGCAGCCGUCAUCACAACGGCCGCCACCGAUCAGGAAAGAAGCGAUGAGCCGACAUCUCAGGUCACCAGCUCCACGGUGCCGGUCGCCCAACCGCAGAUGAACGGCACGUCGGCGAGGAGAGUUGAUGGGCUGUUGUACUCGCCGCCAAUUGAGCCAAGGGCUAUGAGACACAAACGCGGCCGCAAGUGGAAGAAAAAGGGGACAAAACCACAAUGA